AAAAUAUAGAUAGAGAUUAAAGGUGAUCGACCAUGAACUCCAUUUGCUGAGUUAUCUAUCUAUUUCAACAAUUAAUAAUUCAAUACUUUAUUAAGUGUAUAAUUAUCAUAUAUUUUAUUGCAAAUAUCUGUCAAUAUUGAGUAUUAUUUUAAAUAAUAUUAUAAUAUUAUUACAUACUUCAAUUUUUUAAAAAUGGAAGGGAAGAUGUUUACCAUUAUUCUCUUUAUUCUUCAUAUCUGCAUUGCUGCUACAGUUGAAAAUUGCCCUACAAUAAUUAGACGGAGCAUAUGGGGUGGGAGAGGAACAACAGAUGUGAAUUACUUGAUUCUUCCAAUUCCUUACGUUGUAAUUCAUCAUACAGCUACUCCAGAAUGUAACACCAAGACUACAUGUAGCGCGAGAGUUCAAGCUAUUGCCUCUUAUCAUAUGGAUGAUCUUGGAUGGACUGACAUUGGAUAUUCAUUCUUAAUUGGUGGCGAUGGAAACAUAUAUGAAGGUGCUGGAUGGAACCAAGAAGGAGCUCAUACUUAUGGAUAUAAUAAAAGGUCCAUUGGAAUUGCCUUCAUAGGAAAUUUUCAUGAAAAACUUGCAAGCGACAAGAUGAUGGAAGCAGCACACAAAUUGAUUCUUUGCGGCAAAUCACAAGGAAUACUUAGAGAAAAUGUUCGUGUAAUCGGAGCCAGACAAGUUGUGAACAUUAUAAGUCCUGGACUUGAACUCAUGGGACAAAUUCAAAAUUGGCCAGAAUGGGUUGCUACACCUUAACUUAACUUUUCGUACAUUACUUUGACGUACUAAUUAUUUAUCAGUAGUAGGGUUAAAAUAUCUUAGUACUUAGUAAUGUAAUAAAUAAGUAAAGUUACAUUACAUAACCUCAAUUUAAGAUACUUUUAAAUCAUUAUUAUUUGUUCGUAAUGAUCUGGUUAAGAUGAUACCGGCAAAUAAACAAUGCUAUAUUCAAAGUAAA